GGAGAUAUAAUCCCCGCUCCCAAUGCUUUGAUUAGGGUUCGGGUUCUUCUUGGAACCCUAAUGGCGAUUGUUGCAGCGAAUCGAGGCGUUCAGAUGUUUCUUAAUCUUCACCCUCGGUGCCUCGUAAUUUCGUUAUGGGCAAAGAAAGGAUGUCACUCCUCAGGUCCAGUGAGGUACGUUCCGAGAGAUUAUACACAAAGCAAGAAAGCCCAAAAGUCUCCCCGCUUGGGGAGAUAUGAGAAGAAAGAGACCAAUUUGCUCAAAGCUACAGCGUCAGAGGGUGGAAAGGGUGCUCCCAAAACCCCCAAUUUUGAUGAUAACGGGUUUCAUGACAGUCUUUUCAACGCUGGACCAAAUGCAUAUUUUUCCCCUCCCCAUUCAUUCAGCAAGAUCAGGUGAUAUUCUCGAACACAUUGAAGAAUUUUCAGAGUUUGAAGAUUCCAAUGACACUGUUCUUGAGUUUGUGGACACUGAUGUUAGGGAUGAGUCUGAACUGCUUCUUGAUGAGGCCUCAAAUUCUUGUGAAAUUAAGGGCACUAAAUAUGAUGAAGUAGUCAGCAGUAAGACCAGACAAGAUGCUGAGCAGCUGGCGAUUGAAUUACUUGCAGCAAGGGCAUUUACAACACUCGAGCUUCAAAAGAAAUUACGUGGGAGGAAAUACGCUCUUGAUAUAGUUGACUCAGUGAUAGCCGAGAUAAAAGGCAGGGGCCUGCUAAAUGAUGGCUUAUAUGCGGAAUCAUUCUCUCAAUCUCGAUGGUUCUCAUCAACUUGGGGUCCAAGGCGUAUCAAGCAAGCACUUCUUAAGAAGGGAAUUAGCGAGGUUGAAGCAGAUAAAGCAACAAAGCAGGUAUUUGAGGACGAUGACAGUAGUGGGGGAUCCCACAACAUGCGGCAUGGCAUGUCCAAGACUUCAAUGGACCGUCUCUUUCUUCUGGCCUCCAAACAGUGGCUCCGAGGUCAAAGCACAUCUCUAGAGAACCGCAAGGCUCGAAUAAUAAGGUGGCUCCAGUACCGUGGAUUCAGCUGGGGUGUCACCAGCACCAUAUUGAAAAGGCUUGAAUCUCAAUAUCCCAUGCGAGAGUAGAGGCUUCGUGACAUGCAGAAACUGCCUUCAGGUUUUAACCUGCGUAACUUGAGAUUGCACUAGCCUGCUUGGAAUCUACUGUUAAACAGGAUUUUGUGCAGCAGAGACCAAGCAUGAGAUGGGUGGCAGAGCAGUAGCAGGAGACAAAAGCGAAAAAUGCGAACAGUUCGUCUCCUCUAAUGGCGACCACCACGGCAUUGUGUUUGUUACUUGAAACUGUUUUGCCAGACCACUGUGUUACAAUAGGUGUAGUUCAUCUCCUUGGACGUUCAAGUAGGUCGGUCUUCUCUCUUUAUCAGCCUCUGGUUUUAGAGAAAUUAUAUAUUGUAGUUUAUGAACCUGGUGAUUCCCAAGCAAUGAUCGGUAUGCCUCUGCAUUAUGCAUUAUUAUAGCUUCUUCAAUCUU